AGUCAAGGUCUCAGCGGGACAUUAAUUACUACUAUUCGCGUGGAUAAUGUCUGAGGUUGCUGAGUCAGUCGGUAGACUGUGUCCAAUUUGUCAUGACGAUAUUGACUACUAUGCGUACGGAUCAUGUAAUCAUCCUACAUGUACAAAAUGUGUGCUAAAGUUGCGGAAGUUCGGAAGCGCUGAUGAGCCGGAAUUUUCACAAUGUCCCACUUGUCGACAGAAUAUUAACAGAGUUGCGAUAAUGAGAAAUUUCGUCCCCUUUGACAAUAUUGACGUGUCCUUACUUCGACAUGACUCAAAGUUUGAUUUUAUGUUUCCUGAUGUGGAGAUUGAACAGCACUACGUAAAUAUGCUGAAAUCAAUCUGCCCUGUUUGUGGUGAAGAAAAGAAGUCUCUCUCUGCCUUAAAUAGACACACUACUUUUGAGCAUCAACUUUCUUAUUGUGAUCUCUGCAUUCGAUACGCCAGGCUUUUGCCAUGUGAAUUCGUACUCAUGAAACCAGCUGACCUUGCAAAACAUAGGUCAUGGGAUAAAAAUAAGAAGAAAGGUCAUCCGUUGUGUGAUUUCUGUCAAGAACGAUUUUAUGAAAUGGAAGAUUUGAUAACCCAUAUUCGCGAUCUUCACUUUUUAUGUGAUCUCUGCAUGACCACAGGAAAGUUUGUGGUUUUUAGACAGCAGUGUGAAUUAUUAGACCAUUACGGUGAAUCUCAUCACCUAUGCUCCGAGUGUCGAGCUCAACAACGUAUUUCAUGUUUUGCAACCGAGGAUCGUUUAGGCUUGCAUCGUUUUCAAGAACAUCCAAAUGAAGUGGCUAAUGAUCCCAACUCUUGGCUUCCGAUUUCUAUACGACACGUAACAUCUACUGAUUCUGCCUUCAGGCGACGUGACCAAAUAUUUCCUGAUGUAUACAGUGUGGAUGGUGUUGUUGAUGCAUCUGAUGGCAGACUUACUUCACAAGACAAUCCUAGUGUAACAUACCGACGACCUAAUCCUUCCGAAUGGACUGGGGAAGAUUUCCCUUCACUUCAGUCGACCAUACCAGUGACCACGAGUUCUCAUUCAACAACAAAUGAGUCUAGCAGCCCUCAAGCACCCAUUCAAAGACUUAAAGAGUCGGCCGCUAGUUUAGCAGAACGCGAGGUAAACGAUACAAAUAAUUCCGUACAAAAUAAACGACCAAUAACGGGUGGAAGUUGGGUUUCUCGUGUUGCUAAUAUCAAUUUUACCAAUAAAGAUCGUCUUACAUCUGAAGAUUUUCCUAGUUUAACACAAUCACCAAAUCCUUCCACUGGCAAUCCUCCUACUUGGGUUAGAAGUAAUGCUUCUCAACUUAUACAAAAUCCUCAGACUGCUAUGUCCACUCAUUUAAGCUUUCCAACCCUUGGAUCAAAUAAUCAUGCUUCUGCUAGUAGCAGCAGUCCUUCGUCAGGAUGGCCGAAAACAAGCCGUAAUAUGUCUUCGGAAGAACAACCUAAGUCCACAUUUCCUCCAUCAACUUCUCUACAGACGCCUACACCUUCCGAUUUUCCGUCACUUCCAACAAAUUCCAAUCCUAGUCAUCCAAAUCGCACUAUUAACUUAACUUCAAAGUCAGUUUUGGAAAAUAAAUCCAAGUUGUUUAAAACACCAGCAGCUGAUGUGAUAAAGAAGAAAACGGAGCCAUUAUCAGCCUCAACUGGAUUAAAAAAUACAAAGAAACCAAAACCCAGACACAGCUCAAGAACAAUAAACAAUGAAUCGGAUGAGCAUGGUGGUAUGACUUUAAAGGAUGAUAGCGAAAAGUAUACUGAUGAUCAAUCACUAUUGGAAAAACCUCAGUUCACUCAUAUCCGAACAGUAGAUAUUCUUAAUGUUAAUCCACAAUCGUCUCAUCAAACAAAUCUAAUUAAUCAUGAACCAUUAUCACUUACAAAUGAUUUUCCAUGUCUAUCUGAAAAUAAAACUAACCCUGAUGAUGAUAAAAUACCAAAAAAAUUACAAAAUCGACAAACAAAAAAGAAAAUCAUUGAUACUACUGUUCAUCAGCCUGAACAACAAAUUUCUACUCAUACAACCAGUAGUGUUGUAAAUAACACUUUAAAACCUGAGAUUAAUUCAUUAAUCCAAAUUAUAAAAGCUAUUCAAUUUAAUGAUAAUAUGGAUAUUGAAUGUUUAUUAUACGCUAAGUCUCAAUAUAUAGCUCCACCGGAUAUGGAAACACGUAAUCGUGAAUUAAUUCGAACAGUGGAAAAUGAUUUAUUUGAUAAAAGUGGCAAGACAGCUUUUAUUCGAUUUGCGGAUUUAUCACGUCGUUAUCGUUAUAAACAAAUCAAUGCUACAGCUUACUUGGAAGGCUUAGUUGGUCUUUUAAAUGUCAAUACUGUGAAUCACAAUGAUGAUAGUGAUGACAAUAUUCCAUACUGGAUAGGUCCGAUGAUUUCCUUAUUGCCUGAUAUAGGACUUCAACGUGCCUUACUUCGUGCUCUGCAAGCACAAGGAUCUCCACGUAUUCCAGUUGAUAUGCAAGAAGCUUUGUUAAAAAGUGGUCAUCAAUUUAAGCGCAACAAAAUCCCCAUAUUAGCUCUUCCUCCAUGGUCCAAAAAAGUCCUAAAAACAAUGCAAACAUGCCAGGAAUGUGGUCAAGAUCUUAUGAUGUAUGCUUUGGUUUAAGAUAAUCCGUUUUAUACGGCUUUGAAGUCCUAAGAGGAUAUGAAUAUAUCCUUUAUAUGUCAAGCUAUUGUUUGUUUCAUACUUAUAUACUACCUUGUUUUUUAUUGUUGCUGCUUAAAAUCGUUGAAGCAAUAGACAAUAACAAGUGAUACCUUAUCAGUCAUCAUGUUCCGAGUAAUUUUACAUGCAUUGCAUUUCAAUUCAUUUGAUUUAGUGAAUAAUUCCGUGACAUAAUUCCUAGAGUUGUAGUGAGAAGCGAUUAUCAGUGUAGUUUAUCUAUGUUAGGUUUGAGACCGUUACGUACUAAUAGGAUUGAAAGAUAGUUAUACAAUGUCACAAAUUCAUUAAAGUCUUAAAUGUAAAUCACUGAAUCUCAACCCAGUCGUCUAAAGGUUGAGCGCCCUCCAAAAGACCUAAAGGUUUUGAGUUCUGUCACCAGUCGGUUGUUAUAUGCACACAACUGAGGCAUCCCAUAUUAAUGAAAAUUAUCUAGUAGUCCCUGGUUUAUAAAAUAGUUAUCUAACUAAAUACUGUCCCCGAUGUUAACUAUACCAUUCAUCAAUCUUCCAAAACCUUGUAUUCAUCGAAGUAUUUGUCCUAUUUGCUAUUGUUUCUUUGUUAACAGGUUUGUCUACGAAUUGAUCUACCUACUCAUAUGGAAUUAGCUCAUUCUGUGUCAUAUGAAAAAAAAUGAUAAUCCGAGAAAAGAAACUGGUCAUACAUAAACACUUACCUAUCACUCGUUUAGUAUUCUUCUUUUCACAAACAAAUACACAUCAAUAAUACAGUCUUUCGUUUUUUUUUGGGUUCAUAUCUAAUAUGAAUUAUUUUCAUAAAUUAUUUUGUUUGUUCCAUGGUUUAUUUUUACUCUUAUUUAUCCGCUCUCACAUAAGUUAUUACCCUUUGCAUGUUCACAGUUCUCUGAAUUGUGUUGGAAAAAAAAACAAUCUUUGAUUAACCGUGGAUAUGUUUGUAUGUUUGUUUCUGUGUGUAUCUAUGUGGAUUUAUACUUUUGUGUUCAAUUAUGUAUGUUACUGUGUAUAAUAAUUACAAUGAAUAGUAUAUUUGGGAGCUUGAAAAGUGAGUUAGUGUGACUAAGUUACGUAGCUUUUAAUUGACUUGCAAAAUAUCUUUUCUUUUCUGUUUUAAAACAGUCAUUCGUUUAAUUUUUGAACCAAUCUAUUUCUUCUUCCUAUUCCAAUAAUCCCCUUGUAUUUUAGUACUGUUUAUAUUGUUAAAAUAAUUGGGUAAAAAAGGUGAUCAUCAUAUACAAUAUAAAUAUA